CGGGAGUUAGUCCGAGCCGCCAAGAUGUCGCAGCCCAAGAAAAGAAAGCUUGAGUCGGGGGGCGGCGGCGGAGGGGAGGGAGUAGAAGAGAAAGAUGGCGGAGAGCAGGCGGAGGCGGCCCUCCUGCUGCGACCCCGGAGAAGUAGGCGGGAGCGGGACCAGCUGUACUACGAGUGCUACUCGGACAUAUCCGUCCACGAGGAGAUGAUCGCGGACCGCGUCCGCACGGAUGCCUACCGCCUGGGCAUCCUGCGUAACUGGGCAGCACUGCGUGGCAAGACGGUGCUGGACGUGGGCGCGGGCACCGGCAUUCUUAGCAUCUUCUGUGCCCAGGCAGGGGCCCGGCGCGUGUACGCGGUGGAGGCCAGCGCCAUCUGGCAACAGGCCCGAGAGGUGGUGCGGCUUAACGGGCUGGAAGAUCAGGUGCACGUCCUGCCGGGGCCGGUGGAGACGGUGGAGUUGCCGGAGCAGGUGGAUGUCAUCGUGAGCGAGUGGAUGGGCUACGGACUCCUGCAUGAGUCCAUGCUGAGCUCUGUGCUCCACGCGCGAACCAAGUGGCUAAAGGAGGGCGGUCUUCUAUUGCCGGCUUCUGCCGAGCUCUUCGUGGCGCCCAUCAGCGACCAGAUGCUGGAGUUGCGUUUAGGCUUCUGGAGCCAGGUGAAGCAGCUCUAUGGUGUGGACAUGAGCUGCCUGGAGAGCUUCGCCACGCGCUGCAUUAUGGGCCACUCGGAAAUCGUGGUGCAGGACCUGUCGGGCGAGGAUGUGCUAGCCCAGCCGCAGUGCUUUGCUCAGCUGGAACUGGCCCGCGCCGGCCUGGAGCAGGAGCUGGAGGCUGGGAUAGGGGGACGCUUCCGCUUCAGCUGCUACGGCUCGGCACCCAUGCACGGCUUUGCCAUCUGGUUCCAGGUGACCUUCCCCGGAGGGGACUCGGAGAAACCCCUGGUGCUUUCCACCUCGCCUUUUCACCCGGUCACGCACUGGAAGCAGGCGCUCCUCUACCUGAACGAGCCUGUGCAAGUGGAGCAAGAUACGGACAUCUCCGGAGAGAUCACACUGCUGCCCUCCCGAGACAACCACCGUCUCCUGCGCGUGCAGCUCCGCUACAAAGUGGGCGACCAGGAGGAAAAGACCAAAGACUUUGCCAUGGAGGACUGAGCGUUGCCUUUUCUCCCAACUCCCAGGGCGGCCAGACCCCCAUGGUAGAGGCGGAGGCGGGUCGGAAGAGAAAGGGAGAGCCCAUCUGCAAGUAGGGGGCAUUAUCUUCUGUCUCCCUUUUACCUCAUGGCUCCUGGGGAGGGAGAGUGACUUCAGGCUCCCUUGGAGAUUCAUUCUUCUGGCGAUAUUUAUUAAAAAAGUGAUCCCGAUGCCCCCAACGACGGAAACAGCGUGUUUAUUACUAGGCUUUUAAGCCGCAAAACAUGUGGUACCAAGCACUUGUAGUUCUAUUUUUUUUUUUUUCAUUUCACAGGAAAAAAAAUACGGAAUAAAUAUGUCCGAUUAUGAAUGCUCCAUGCACUUACCUGACACCUCACACCUUAUCCAAGUCAGAAGGCAGGAAGAGGGGUAAAAAAGAGUUUAGACUCCAUAAAUUUCUAAUAUAACUUUAUUAUCUCUCUAGAACCAUAGUGUCUCAUUCUCUGAAUUCCCCGCUUUCUCCGUUGCCUCUGGGCUACUGCACUUUUUCCUCACGGUUUUUAAAAUUCACUUUACUAUAAUGAGGAUGAGGAGAAUGAGGAAGCAGUUUAAAUAAUCCUGUUCUCAUUACACUUCCAUAGGGUGCUAAAGUUGAUGAACACAUUACACCAUUUAGUAAAAUAGACUAUACGUAAUUGUACAGCCUAAGGAAUCUAGAAGGUACUUUUAGGAAAAAAGGACCAGAAAGACAGUGAAGUGGUAUAGAGUUUUUUAUUCUUUACUAUUAAGACAACUAAGAAAAUGUUUUCUGUAUGUUCCAUAAAACAUUUUUGGGUAAUUUAAUGUAACAGGCUGAUAGAGGACAUUUCAGGACUUCACUCAAGGGCUUGUUUAUCACCAUGGGUUAAUUAUUUACUCUCACUAAAUUAAGGAAAAUAUUCUCCCAGAGAGAAAAGUUCACUCAUUCUCCAAAACUCCCUUAUUUAGGUGGGUCAUGUGACUUGGCCUACUUACAUCAAGUAAAAGUUCCUUUUUUAGUGUGUGUUUCUUUCUUUUUAGCUCAGCCAAAUGUGAAAGUUGUGAAUUUAGGAAAAUCGUUUGUAAUGAAGCGUGAGUCAUUUUAUCAAAUUUAUUUCACAAUGUUUCCCUCUUUUAUCCCUGUGGCAAAUAAAACAUUGGCAUUCUAUUUUUAUAGAUCAA